GGUUUUAUAUUUUUGUUUUUUUGUGUCUGUGUUCUAUUUACACGUGAAAGAAGAUUGUUGCAAAGCAAUGAGUGAUGUUAAGGAAAUUUCGUGUAGGCUUUGCCUUAAAAAUAUAACCGAUGAAAGUUUUGAACUGAUAGACAACAGUAUCAGAGACAUUCUAGAUGUUCUUUUCCUAAAAUUGAAAUUUGAUAACGAGAGCAAAGAGGUUAUAUGUAAUGUUUGCAGAAGAAAGUUAAAUAUGGCGUCCGAAUUCAAAUCCACAUGUCUGAAUACCGAUAACACAAUUAUGCAUUAUGCGGAUAACGAAAAAAUGUUACAGCUCAACCUAAGGGAAGUGUACAUGCAGGAAAAGAAAAACGAGUUAGUUGAUAUUUCUUGCACUCAGAAAAUAUGUCGAUUGUGUAUGCACCUAGUAGAAAGUGAGUUUAGAUGCAUACAUGAAGAGGAACUCGAAGCUAUUGAGAAAUUGACUCCAGAAAUGAAUAUAAAUAUCGUCAAAGAUCCCGUUGUUUGUAAGCCAUGCUUCUAUUCUCUGUGCACUCACAACAGUUUCCUUAAAGAUUGCUCAGAGGUAGAAGAAAAAAUUAAAAGUAUUUUUGAUGGUUCAGCCACAGGAAGUCAAAUAGAUACGUCUCCACUUGAUUUAUUCGUUAAAACUGAAAAACUGGACAAGGAAUUCGAUAUUAACGAGAUGGAAAUGUCGAUCAAACCUGAAUAUGUGGACAUAAAAUCGGAAGUUGAGGAAAGGAGCGGCACGCCACUUCAGAGUUCCGAUAUUGUACCAUUCGAGGAGAGUGAUUGUAAAGAUGAAGAAGGAUAUGAAACUGAAAGUAAGAAAUUGCUUCAAAAGCACCAGUUGAGGCGUAAAGAUUCGUCGCAGGUUGAAAAGUACAGGUGUAACGACUGCAAUUACGAAACUAUAUACAAGAAUGCUUUUGAACAGCAUAAACUGCAACAUACAGUUCUUCUGCAGGUUCAAAUGUACAAGUGUAACAACUGCAAUUACGAAACCAUAUACGAACAUGCUAUCGAACAGCAUCAACUGCAACAUAAAGAUCUUUCACAGGUUCAAAUGUACAAGUGUAACGAAUGCAACUACGAAACUAAAUACAAGAAUGUUAUCGAACAGCAUCAACUGCAACAUAAAAAGCCCUCGCAUGUUCAAAUUUACGAAACUAACUACGAGUGUAUUAUGAAACAGCACCAACUGAAGCAUAAAGAUCCUUCGGAGGUUCAAAUAUACAAGUGUAACGAGUGCAAUUACCAAACUAAAUACAAGAGGAAUAUGAAACCACACCAACUGAAGCAUAAAACUAAAGACGGGAGCGGUAUUGGAUAUCUCUUGUUGAAACAGGAAGAGUCUUUAUAA